CGUAUUGGGCGGUGCUGUGUGGCGCUUUGCGGAAGUUGGAUCUACGCAGGCGCAGGUAUCCUGCUGUCGUCCAAUCGGGAGCAAGCAAGACAGAUCACCUCCCGGCAAGCUCCCUGUGCCUCUACGCCCCGCCUCUUUCGUUGCCUGGGCGGUGUGACCCGUUUCUUGCUUCCGACCAAUCCGGUGCCUUUUCCUUUGCGCUUUGAAGCGCUGGAGAGGCAGAGAGCAGUUCCGGUCGUCGGGCCUGAGCCAGGUGCGCCCGCUUUUCCUUCAGUUCUGGAAUUUUCCUACCUUUGAAUGCUGCUGUUACCUAUGGCCAUAGCACCCAGAGCGUGCUCGUCUGAUCCCAGAAGCUAAGCAGAGUUGGGCCUGGUUAGUGCUUGGAUGGAUGCUACUGUUCAUAUGGAGAAGAUCGAGGAAUGCAUUGCAAAUCUGCGUAUUGUUAAAUGUUCCUCAAAACCAAAAGAACCCACUUACUUACUUGGCAUACACACAUCAAAGACUGUACAGGCAGAAAGAGCAAGUUUGGUUGCUGUCCUAUGUUCUAAUUCAUCAAUAAGAAUAUAUGAUAAAGAGACAUUAAAUGUGCUGCGAGAAGUUAGUGGACAUCCUGGACUUCUCAGUGGAGUCAAAUUUUCAAAUUCCUGUGACAGUGUAUAUUCAGCAAGCACUGAUGGCACUGUAAAACGGUGGGAUGCUCGAUUAGCCGGUGGAAAGCCUGUUCAGCUGUUCAAGGGUUACCCUUCUAAUCUUUUUAUUAGUUUUGAUAUCAGCUGUAAUGAUCAUGUUGUUUGUGCUGGUACAGAAAAAGUUGGCGAAGAUACGUUGUUGGUAUUUUGGGAUGCGAGAGUUAGUUCUGAGGCUCUGUCCACUACUAGAGACCCACUUGGUGCAUACUCAGAGACCCAUAGUGAUGACAUCACACAAGUGUGUUUCCAUCCCAGCAAUCCCAACAUGAUCGUCACAGGUUCCACUGAUGGCCUGGUAAACGUGUUUGAUAUCAGUGCCGAUGAUGAAGAACGUGCACUGGUGACAACGUGUAACUCAGCUUCCUCGGUGAGCUGCAUUGGUUGGUCUGGGAGAGAUUAUAAGCAGAUUUACUGCAUGACACAUGACGAAGGAUUUUGUUGGUGGGAUCUUAAUCAUUUAGAUACUGAGGAGCCAUUUACACGUUUGAACAUCAAGAACAUCAGAGAAAUAGUUAACAUGAAGGAAGAUCGUUUGGAUUAUUUGAUUGGAGGCUUAUAUCAUGAAAAGAUGGACAGAUUAUUUGUUAUUGGAGGAACACACACAGGGAGGAUUGACUUAAUGACCUGCACCCCGUCAGGACUAACCCCCGUGAGCAGCCUCAAGAGAGGACACACUGCCACGGUUCGUUCUUUCUGUUGGGAUGUGCAGGAUGAUUCUUUGCUGACAGGAGGAGAAGAUGCACGUUUGGUACUUUGGAAAUCAGGAGCUGGAGAGAACACAUUGAAAGAUAGCACGAAAAGAGCAUUCUCCAAGUGCCAGCAAGUACCCAUUGAUAGUAACAACUCUUACAAGAGAAGGAAAAAACAGUGAUGUUAUACAGCAUUAAAAGUUUACUUCAGGGACUGGGGAUUUAGCUAGUGGUUCUGCCACCUGCUUUGCGGGCACAAAGUCCCAAGUUCGAUCCCCGGUACCAAAAAUAAAAAGUUUACUUCAGAGGCUUUAUAAUCUCAAGUAAAUUUUCUGGUGUACUACUUCUGGUAGAUGUGUUUAAAGCUUGUAGGUUAAAACAAGUAAGUUAGCUAGCAGUUCUGGACAAAUUUUGGAAAUUGUUUAAUUUA